AUGCAAAGGGCACUAACCUUCGUUGAGGCGUGCUUCACGCGAGUCGUCGACGAGCAACAAGUGCGGACGUCUCGCGCGCCCGAGCUCAGGCUCAGCUGGUGCGGUGCUACUGAGUCGCGGGACGCCCAUCCCGGCCGAGAGUCUGGGCGCAAAUGGCGCUCACCCCUUGCCUAUUGCCUCAGGUGGCAGGGUGGAAGGACCUUGAAUUUUGAAAAAGAAACACGGGAUAAAGCUUGCACAUAUAAAUACUCAAGUCUGUUGUGUCUUCUUACUUGA